AUGACUGAAGUCGCUGUGUCCACUAAAGGGAAGCCUCAUAAAAGCCCAUUUCGUGCUCAGAUUGUAGCUCUGUGCAAGAAGAACUUCAUUUUAUCUCGCCGGUCCAAGCUAACCAUCUGCUGUGAAAUUUUCCUGCCUAUAGUGGUGGCUAUAGCUGCCUUGUUAAUACCACCUUAUGGCAACUCCAAAGGGAACGUGUUGGAAACAAUCCCCGCUGCGGAUUACCCUUCCAUCUCCGGAGGCUGGUUGAGAGUCGGUGCUUUUUCCUAUGCGGAAUCGGUGGAAAUGCUCUAUUCCAAACUUAAUGCAUCAACCUCGAUCCCCUACAGUGACUUCUACCGCCAGUCUAACUUGGCGGCUGUGGUUGGCAGUUGUCUCUGUGGCACUAUGGCGAUCGGUCCCGCGGGGACCAAGCAAGCGUCAGACUUUGCCGGCUACUUGCGGGACCGCAUCAGAGCUGUAGACAACCCUCGGAUAUGUGACGGUGCGCCGCUGCUGACCAUCACUACGGCCAUUUCUGAUCCAUCAGCCUACGUCAAGUCUCCAUCCUACGGUUUGGAUUCACAUCCGGAGAUAUGCUAUUACAUGAAUGUCGGACGAGAGAAUGAGGUUACUAUUAUGAGCAAUGCGUCCAGCCUGGCUAAUGGAGACUUCGCUGAUUAUACUAGCUAUUGGUAUCCUGAGAACGGCGACUAUCAGCACGGCGAUCCCAAAAUCAAUGGCUUAGAGUAUUACAGUAGUCUUCAGUUCCCUCCCCUCAUGGGCACUUGGAUGGACUAUCGUAGAGGAUCAGACGUGCCUGUCUCUGCACUCUAUCCUAUGCCUUAUCCAACUUACAACGAAAGAGCUUCUGGCAGCACUAUGAAGCUUCUGGCCGGGUUUGUAGGAGCUCUUUUGUUCACUUUCUCGGCCUUCUCGGUUACACGGAAGCUCAUUUCGGAGAGACGUGGCCGCUUACGCGAAGGUAUGCGUAUCAUGGGUCUCUAUGACCUCCCUUACAACUUGUCUUGGGCCAUAUCUUAUGACCCGAACGCAUUGCUCAACUCGACACUCAACAAUACUCUAUGCGCGGGUAUUCUGAGGUUCUCAGCCUCUCUGCUCGACAAGAAUACUGCAUGGUUCGAAGCGACUACCUUGGGCGUUACCUCGCGGUUCGUUUUCGCUGAUAUGACUGCUCUUCAUAUGACACCACUCUCCUUAGCUGGCAAUGAAUCCCUCACGGUCGUCAACCACCCCUUCCCGCAUACUAUCGGGGAGCUCACUGGGUCGAAGCAGAACUUCGCAAUCUCCUUCUCGGUGGGCGGCUUCUACGCCAUUGCCCUCACAGUUGUGGCCGCUUCCCUCCUGUCCUACAUGAUGAUGGAGAAGACGCUCAAAAUUAAGGAGCAGUUGUAUGUUAGUGGUUGCGGAGUGCUGCCGUAUUGGACAGCAAGCUGGGUUUUCGACUUCAUCUUCACCUUCUUCUCGGUCUGUCUUACCUUCAUCCCGUUACAGGUCUACAAAAUCGAGACUUAUCUUGAAGCGGAUAACCAGGCUGCGUGUUAUUGCACGCACAAGCACCAUCGCCACAUAUAUGAGGGUGGCCGCAUCAAUACUCGGUGGUUUGAUUGGUUCAUUCGUGGUAUCAGUACUCUUCUUCGCGACCAUCGCUCCUUCGGCUGGCCUAAUCAUAAUGUGGAUUCUGAGGAUAUUUCCAACCUAUUCAGUGGCACAAGCCUCAUCAAUAUCGUCUUCACUGGUCUCGAUAAAUCCUUCUCGGGCGGAUUCGUUCUNNNNAAGUCCACUGAUAAGAGAUGUAUGAGAGUAUAUCAGCAUGUGUCAGGCAAGACCACUACCUUCAGAAUGCUUUGCGGUUUGAUAAGACCAAGUUCUGGUCAUAUCAGUCUCAUUGGUCAGCCCCUCCGAGGCAAUGUGCACGAGAUCCGCAAGUCCAUAGGAUAUUGCCCGCAAGAGAACCCCUUGUUGCAAGGCCUUACUGCAAGAGAUCAUCUUUAUAUGUAUGCUCGUAUACGUGGGGUACCAUCUGAUAAGAUUCCACACCACGUCGAAGACCUCGUGAAGAUAUUGAGGCUUGAACACUACAUCGACAAGGAGGCAGUGAAGCUCUCCGGAGGCAAUCAGAGGAAGCUGUGCGCUGGUAUAGCGCUCGUGGGCCAUCCAUCUAUCGUAUUCUUGGACGAGCCCACGACUGGGGUCGAUCCUGAAGCUCGGAGGCGUAUCUGGGAUAUGAUCCACAAGAUAGCACAUGAUCGUCAUAAGACGUCUGCAGUCAUACUCACAACUCACAGUAUGGAAGAGGCAGAUGCUCUAUGCGAGACCAUGGUCAUCCAGGCGAAUGGACAAUUCCGCUGUCUAGGAACAUCCCAGCAGAUCAAGUCAGACUACGGCAGUGGCUACAGGCUAUGGAUACACUUUCGUGAAGCCUCUGAUGAUGAAAAGGAGCAGAAUUUGCAGCAACUUCUAGCAUAUGACGACAUCACAAUGGCUACUAUUCGUGAUGGCUAUGUUACUCUUUCGGACACUGACUUAGAAUCUCGACUCUCGAAGUUGGGCAUCGAGGGCUGUCGUUUAGUGGAUAGCGUGCUCACUGCUGGAACUCUGGACGGAACACUCAACCGUACCUUCAAUCGGGGUGCUCUGGCAUCUGCCGUCGUCCGAGCUCUUCAGCAUAUGAAGGCUCUAAGGUGGCUCAUGAUCAAUGUAUCCCCCGAGUGUCAAACUUUGGAGGAAGUUGGCGAAUUUGCGCUUCCGCGCGAUAUCGACUUGGGAUUCAUCUUUUCGAAGUUGUCGCCUGCACACGUCCAGGAAGAGCGAGGAAUGCAUGAUUUCCAGCUCUCCCAGACGACUCUCGAGCAGAUAUUUAACAGGAUCGCCCAUGACGAAGCUCAUCCUAUCCAGAGAGAACUAUAGAUUCCCUAAGUCGAACACUUCCGUG